AUGAAUCCAAUGUGGAAGGUUUAUAAGAGUAAAGUGCUGAAGACUUUUAACCCUGAGUAUGAGGAGGACGCUGCUGAAGAGGUCACAGAAGUGGAGAAUGAUGUGAGCCCAGUGCAGGAAGAUGAGGCGCCUAACGCUAUUUCCCAGUUGGCCAAGAAAAUGCAGGGGGCCGGGGCCAAAAGCUGGAACAGACUAUCAGCUCUCUUCAGUAGAGAUGAUGAACACCAGCUUCUGGAGGAGACUGAGAGCCCACCGGUUGCUGACCAUCCGCUUGCGGUAAAGCCAGAGGAGCCUCCUCGGCCCACCAGACACACAGGAUUCUGGGAUAGCUUUGCAGCGAACUGGGCUGCCAAGAAGCAGGCCGAAGCCGCAGCCACCGCUGCCGCUGCUGCAGACGAGGCGGCGGCGGCAGGCCAAGGUGAUAAAAGUGCGACAGAGGCCGGAGGGGACGAGCACCAGGAUGGGCAGAUCGCCGAGGCAGAGGAGAGUGAAGGAGGUGGAGGAAGGACCAACAACAGCUUCUCCAAAUACGUCUCGCUGGGAGGAGGCAGCGAGGAGGCAACCUUCAAGUGGAACUUUGUCACCAGCAAGCUGGCAGAGCUGAAGGCCAAGAGCAUGACCAAGACCAACUAG